AUGACAACAUCCAGAUCAAUCAGCAGACUUGCAACCGCUCUCCCUCGCUUGACGCCAGCUUCUUUCGCUGUACGACCAUUCACCUCAAAGACCGCCGACCUCUUCCCGAAGCGCAAAGCCUCUCUUCCGAACUUAGGGAAUUUCCUCCCAUGGACGAAGAACAAGUCGGAUGAUCCAUCCAACCCAGGCGAGAAAGGCUCGGGAAUCGUCUCGAGCUUGCUCUAUGGGACGCCAGAGGCGCACGAGGACGCGAAAGUCUUGGAGCAAGGGUUCAGCAAGAAGUUAGGGAGAGGGAAGUACGUUCAUGAGAUUAUUGAACAUAAGGUGAAACCUGAUAGAGUCGAGGAGUACCUUGAGUUGAUUGAGAAGACCUAUCCUAAACUUGCGGCCAACCCAGCCAAUAAUGCGCACCAUGUCGGCUCAUGGCGAACUGUUAUCGGAGAACUCGACUCGUUCAUCCAUAUCUGGGAAUACAAGGGAUACUCUGGCUAUCAUGAGACAAUCCGCCGGUUGAAUGAAGACCCAAUGUACAGCGACUAUCUCGAGACCAUUCCCGCUUACAUCAGCUCGCGCCACAAUGACUUUAUGCAAGAAUUCGCGUUCUGGCCAACCUCGUCUCCUCGCACCAUGGGCGGUGUCUUUGAACUUCGCACGUACGAUCUUCGCCCGGGUAACCUCCUGCAGUGGGAAACCGCCUGGCGUCGAGGGUUGGAGUGCAGGAAGCAGGUCAUGCAGCCUGUUGGUGCUUGGUUUACUCAGAUGGGAAGGUUGAAUCGCGUACACCAUUUGUGGCAGUUUGAGAAUUUGCAAACAAGGAAGAAGCAGAGGGAGGAGUGUUGGCAAAUGGAGGGAUGGGCUGAAACUGUACAUGAAACGGUGCCGUUGAUGGACAAGAUGGAAAGUCGCAUUUUAGUGCCAUUGGACUUCUCGCCGUUGAAGUAG